CUGGUGGCCACAGAUUCGCCACACGGAGUGGAAGGACUAUGAAAGUGACGAAGGCUUGAUGUAGGGGGGUUUUAAUGAAGGCUCGAGAAGUGUUUUCUUAUUUUUAAAGAGUGGCACACCAAAGAUUUACAAGAAUACACAGCCAAAAUGCUCUGCCACGUUACUCGUCCGGAUGCGGUGGUGAUGGAGGUGGAAGUUGAUGCGAAGGCGAACGGUGAAGACUGUCUGAAUAAGGUUUGCAGAAAGUUGGGCAUAAUUGAGGUAGACUACUUUGGGCUGCAGUUCACAGGCAGCAAGGGAGAGAACCUGUGGCUCAAUCUGAGGAACCGCAUCUGUCAGCAAAUGGACAAUGUGACGCCCUGUCGACUGAGGCUGCGGGUCAAGUUCUUUGUGGAGCCCCAUCUCAUUCUGCAGGAACAGACAAGACAUGUCUUCUUCAUGCACGUGAAGGAGGACCUCCAUAACGGUCACUUACGGAUGGGCUCUGAACAAGCGGAGGAGCUGAGUGCACUCCUGGCACAGGCCGAGUUUGGCGACUACAACCAAAACACAGCCAAGUACUGGUACUCGGAGCUAUGCGGAGAGGAGCCCAGCACUGCCACCAUCAACAGUAUCAUAUCCAGACACAAGGCUCUGGAAGGUUUGAGCCAGGGCUCGGUGGAGUAUCAGGCCCUGCAGCUGGUCUCGUCUCUGGAGCAUUACGGCGUGGAGUGGCACUGGGCUCGUGAUGCAAAUGGGCAACGGUUGGCCAUAGGAGUCGGCCCCGAGGGUAUCGCCAUUUGCAAGGAGGACUUCAGCUUAGUCAACAGAAUAAGCUAUCCAAUCAUUCAGAUCGCCACCCAGUCGGGGAAGAGUGUGUACUUGACGGUUACCAAGGACACAAGUGACAGCGUGGUGCUUUUGUUCAAGCUGAUCAGUAAUCGGGCGGCCAGUGGUCUGUACCGGGCCAUCACAGAGACCCAUGCCUUCUACAGGUGUGACACAGUCACUAACGCAGUGAUGAUGCAGUACAGCAGAGACUUUAAAGGCCACCUUGCUUCCCUCUUCCUCAACGAAAACAUCAACCUGGGCAAGAAGUACGUCUUCGACAUCCGACGCACCUCCAAGGAAGUGUACGACCACGCCCGGCGCGCUCUCUACAACUCCGGUGUUGUGGACCUGAUGUCUGGCGGCGGCGAACGCUCCUCUCCUUCACGCUCCCUGAGCCGAGACGACCAGCAGGACGAGGGGCUGGACUGCGGCAGCUGCCAGCAGAGCCGAGUGCUGCAGGAGCGGCUGCAGAAGCUCAGAGAGGCUCUGUUGUGCAUGCUCUGCUGCGAGGAGGAGAUAGAUGCUGCGUUCUGCCCCUGCGGCCAUAUGGUGUGUUGCCAGACCUGCGCAAAUCAGCUGCAGUUGUGUCCUGUGUGUCGGUCGGAGGUGGAGCACGUGCAGCACGUCUACCUGCCCACCUGCACCAGCCUGCUGAACCUGACGCUGACCGACAACCGCCAGCACCGCAGCAACAUCCCCGCGCCCAUCCACAGAGAAAUGGCUUCUCCUCACAGCUGCUCUGCCACAGAGUACGAGCACAAGAUCUACCACACUUAAAGACAACUCCACCAAACUCCAUAAUGAACUCGGACUUAAAUCAGCCAGAUUAUGGUUUCAUAAAGAAGGAACAUUGCUCGUCCAUCUGUGUCUCCUGCCUGGACUCCAUGAACUACCAAACGUAAAGAAACUCCUGAGCAUAAUCAAAGAUUGACACACUCAAACCACUCCCUCAACUAGUGUGCGUGCGUGCGUGCGUGCGUGUGUGCGUGCGUGUGUGUAUGUGCGUGUGUGUGUGUGUGUGUGUGUGUGUGUGCGCGCACGCGUGUGUGUGUGUGUGUGUGUGUGUGUUUUAUUGUUAUUUACCUUCGUCCCUUUGAGCUGCCAGUGUAUCUGGUUGGUUCUUAGUAUUGUUGCCGUUGGUUUGUUUGUCAUUCUGUCCAAAUCUUGUUUGUUCGCACCCCCUGCCACAAGAUGAUUUUAGAUUAGGCUCUUAUUGACCUUAAAUUAUUGCAUCAGUUGACCUGAUACAGAAACACUUUUGUUUUUGAAUUAUUAUUGUUAGUUGUUUUUUCCUAGCUCCAUUUCAGACUCCUAGCCCCUGAACCCGAACCAUAUGACGAGUGUGUAUGUGUUUUAGAAUAGCUAAACACUGUAUAUAAUGUCUGUCUUUUUCUUUUUUCAUUUUUAAUGCUUCUUGACAUUUUAAAGCUUAUUUGUUUUUUGAUUUGAGAGCUGAAUUUUACAGUGCAAGAGAGUGAAAUAUUUUAUUUGUUUUUCAUGUUCCAUGUUUUCCAUGCCAAUUAGGGGGGUAUUUAGAGGCUAAGCAGCGCUGCAUAUUAAUGAGACACACCAGGUGCUAAGGCCACCAUGGUCCCGUUCUUGUGAUCUCUGGGUUAAAUGGGGUUUUCGAGGGUUCUUUUACUCCACCACCAGAACUGCGACCUUGGCUGUGAAAUGCAGCAUCUUGCUGACACUCCCACAACCUCCUUCACCUCGAAACUGGAUUUGUUGAUUAACUGCCUCUUGUCCAAAACAACAAGCCCGGUUUCACAGACUGAUGCGCCUUUAACUUUCAGUUAGCAUGGAGAUAAAAAUGUAAGAAAUUAAGAGGACAAACUGUCCCUCUGUUAAACACCGAACCACAGAGUUGUAUACAAAGAAAACUAGGAAUGUGUCCAGCAGCAGCUGCUUCCUCUGAAAACCUCAACUAUAAAUUUCUUCUCUGGGGUGGACUUGUGAGUUCCUUUUUGAUAUUUCUAAAGGGUACUAGGAGAUCUGUCUGUGCAAUACUUGCUUGCUUUUUGAAAAAAGCUUUUCAUUUUCAAGUUUUAUUUAAUUUCAAAGACUAUAUUUAAGAGAAAAACAAACAAACAACAUUGUCACUUUACCAAGGAAGUUUUCCACGUGUCUGUAGGAGGUUUGGCCUUAAUGUAGCAGCAACACCAUGUUUAUUAUAAACUGUCCACAGACUUUUUUUCUGGUGAGAAAAGGAAAACUUUGAUUUCUUUAACGCUGACUCGAUUAAGCUCAGCUGCUGCAGGGGAAGGACUUUUAUUUUUCACAAUGUACAAGUAGCGAUUUGUUUCUGUUUUCUGAAGCAAAAGCCACUAUGCUCUGUAAAAUAACUCAGAAUUAAAUGCUUUUUAUAUAUUCUGUUUUUAACAAAGAGAAAGUAUUAAUAAAGUUGUUUUUUAAAAACA